ACGUGCACGAAAAAGGCAGUAGCGCACGGUCUGCAUGAUCAGCCUCGUGGCAACCGAGCGGCAAGUGGGACCGAUAAAAGGCAGGGAUGGUCUGACUAGAUGACACCGGCACGCGGGUAAGCACUCUCCAUAUGGAAGAUAGCCGUCUCCUGUUUUCUUGCCUGAAAUUUCGUUCAAUUUAGUUGAAAUCUUCUUCUAUAUACCCAUCUCGUCUGUUCCUCGGAGACUUUGUCACUCCAAUUCCUUCCAUUCUUUUGAACCAGUACAUGCUAAACAUCGGCCGCAUAUCAUCAUACCGCCGACAAAACACCGUAUACACAUAAAACACCAAACAACACCGCAAUCAUGCCGCAUACGAUGUUGACGAAGACAAGUACAUACCCAUACAUCCUCACCACAGUCGCUACGAGAAAGGAAGGCGUCUCACGCGAGGAAUUUCACCGCCAUAACGAAGAAAUUUAUGCGCCACUGCUCAAGAAGGUUGCUGGGAAGGUGCAUCCGCUAUCCUGGACAAGGCACUACCAUGUCGACGAAUCGGAAUGUCCUAUUGGAGUUCCUCGUGUGUUGAUUGGCGACGAUGACGGUAUGGACUGGGAUUGUAUGGGUGUGAUGGCUUUUGAAGAUGAGUUGCACUUGCAGCAAUUCAUUGCGUUUAUGCAUUCGGAUGAUGCAUUGCCGGUGCUGGAAGAAGAGGGGAAAUUCGCCGAGACGACAAAGACCAAGCUACUGUUCAUGAAGAAGGGCGUUAGUGUACGGGAGAGUUAGAAAACAUGGGUUGUCAGGAGUUCAGGAUGGAAAAGUGAAAUCGGAAGAGCGACUUUGGGAUGGUUUUCAUGAACCUUACGUUCUCGCAAUUUGCGAGGCUGAUGAGUGGGCUUGAUGACCCGCCUGUGAGAGAGUUAACCCUUGCAGAAAG